CCAGCAAGUCAACAACCAUUCUACUCGCCGUUGCCCUUCGCUGCUGCUUCCCCUCUCUCUCAUUCCCUUUCCGCUCCCCCACGCCCCUCCCAGUGAACCCUAGGGUUUAGCGGCAACCUCCCUCCCCUCGCCGCACCUUCCGCGCCGCCGAUGGACGUGGACUCCGACCCGGCCGCCGCGAGCAAGCCCAGCCAGAUGGACCUCGAGGACCAGACGGACGCAAAGGGGAAGGGGAAGGGGAAGGUGGAAGAAGAGGGGAACGAGAAAGGCGAGGAGCUCGCGGACUCCAUCGGGAGCCUCUCCAUCGGCCCGGGGCGCACCAACUUCAAGAAGAAGCCCGUCAUCAUCAUCGUCAUCGGCAUGGCCGGGACGGGGAAGACGACUUUUAUGCAUCGGCUGGUGUGCGAUACACAGGCAUCAAACAGGAGGGGCUACGUCAUCAACCUUGACCCUGCGGUGAUGACGCUGCCAUUCGGGGCCAACAUUGAUAUCCGCGAUACAGUGCGGUAUAAGGAAGUGAUGAAGGAGUACGGACUUGGUCCCAACGGUGGCAUCCUCACCUCGCUCAACUUGUUCGCCACCAAGUUUGAUGAGGUUGUGUCUGUUAUUGAAAGACGUGCAGGCCAGUUGGAUUAUGUGUUGGUGGACACUCCUGGCCAGAUUGAGAUCUUCACUUGGUCGGCUUCAGGAGCUAUCAUUACUGAAGCUUUUGCAUCAACAUUUCCAACAGUUGUUGCAUAUGUUGUUGACACACCCAGGUCAACAAACCCUGUUACUUUCAUGAGCAACAUGCUUUAUGCCUGCAGUAUUCUCUACAAAACCCGCCUCCCUCUGGUCCUGACAUUUAACAAGGUUGAUGUGGCCAAGCAUGAGUUUGCUAUCGAAUGGAUGCAAGACUUUGAGGCGUUUCAGACAGCUUUGGAUUCGGAUAAAUCUUACUCCUCUACAUUUACCCGAAGCCUUUCUCUGGUUCUUGACGAAUUUUACAAGAAUCUACGUUCUGUUGGAGUAUCUGCAGUAUCUGGUACUGGAGUCGAUGCAUUUUUUGAAGCUAUAGAAGCAAGCGCCAAGGAAUACAUGGAAACUUACAGGGCUGAUCUUGACAAGAGGAUUGCUGAAAAGGAAAGACUGGAGGCGGAACGUAGGAAGGCGAACAUGGAAAAAUUGCAGAGAGAUAUGAUGAAAUCCAAAGGACAAACUGUGGUACUCAGCACUGGUUUGAAGGGCAAAAAUCCUGCUUCAGACAUGAUGGAUGAUGCUGAUGAGGAGGACGAAGAGGAGGCAUCGGAAGAUUUCAAGUUUUCUGAGGAGGACGAAGAAGGUGAUGGAGAAGAUGAGGAAGUGGCUCAUUUUAGCUUUUGAGGUACUGUAGUAUUACUCCAUUUAAAUACGAGCUUUACCUAAUGUACUUAGUUGUUUUGGAAUCUGAGGUUGUUAAUAAUACUUAAGUGUCUAGUUUUUGCAUUGAAUGUAAAUUCGCAUUUCAGGCACUAAUGCUAACCAGUGUUUGCUA